CCAGAUUGUUUAGUGUUGUGAAACGUUGUGUUUUAAGCAAAAAAGGAAACAUUUAAUAAUUGUUUAUAAAAAAAACGUGAAUUUGUUUUUGCAAUGGCCACCGAAGAAGAGCAGCUGAGUCAGGUAAUUUUGCCGGUUAAGGAGCCCUUGGAUCUGAUCCGCUUGAGUUUGGAUGAAAAGGUGUACGUAAAAAUGCGAAAUGAGCGGGAACUGCGAGGACGUCUUCAUGCCUUCGAUCAGCAUCUGAACAUGGUUCUGGGUGACGCGGAGGAGACGGUGACCACCGUGGAAAUCGACGAAGAGACCUACGAGGAGGUUUACAAGACGGCAAAACGGACCAUUCCCAUGCUGUUUGUGCGAGGCGAUGGCGUUAUCCUUGUUUCGCCGCCAAUGCGGGUUGGCUAGCCAGUCUCCUAUGGAUUUUAAGCUAAUUGUCCCUCAUUUAUACGCCUCAUAAUUAUAUUGCUUAAUAAAAGUUCCAAAACAACCCAA